AUGGCUCGCACACCUCAUGACUCGUUCCCAACGGGCCUAAUUUGGGACCUGUUGCCCAGGAGGUUCAUUGAGGUGCUGCCCACCAUGAAGCAGGUGAUCGCCGGCGGUCUGGCGGGCUGCGUCGCGAAGACCGCCGUCGCCCCGCUCAGCCGUGUGACGGUGCUGAUGCAGGUACAGUCGAUGCGGCCCCACAAGUUCACGGACGGCAAGACCCCGAACAACCAGCCGGAAUAUGGACCAUGUGCCCAGCUGUGA